AAAAUAUUUUAUCAAUCUUCUUCAAAUCCUAUUACAACAAAAAAACUUUUUCUUCUCUCAAUGCUUCGUGUUCGUGUUAAUUCUCUUCUAGUUAUUCUCCUGGCUAUUUGGACUUCUCUCAAUUGUGUUAUGUCAGAUGUUGAUGUUGGUUAUGGUCGUCACCCUUUGGUAAGAAACAAAAUCAAGAGUCUUAACGAAGCACGGCAUAUUGCGAAAAACAACGAGGACCUUCAAGAUUAUAAAGGAACGGAGAAUUCUUGUGAUGUAAAGUUUGAUGAAAAUGGGGAUAUAGUUCUGAAUUACAACACCGUUCGCGAGACUGGGUGUGCCAUCGAUCUUAUAGAGAAAUUCGAUUUUAUGUUCGGAUUCAAAGGAAUUUUGAGUAAUGACAACAAAAAGAUUAGAGAAUGUCUUCAGCCAAUGCCCGAUGGAUUUAAUGCCAAUAUGGUUCCUUUUGCAUACAGUAUUGGCUUUGAACGGUUUGAAGAGUUGAAGGAAGGACCUUACGAUGGGGAUGAUAUUUCUUGCCAUAAGAAGGAUGAGUGCAUCAAAAGUGGUGGAGAAUGCUUGAGACCUGGCGGAUUAGAGUUUGGUUGGGCAUAUGAUGGAGAUAAAGUUCAUGCGAGUAUGCAAUCGGGUAAAGACAAUAAUUUUCUUUUUAAAUUUUAA